AAUUGGAAAAGUAUCUUUCUGAGCAUGCUGAACACUUUAUAGACAGUAUUGGGAGAAAUGCUUGGACUUCAAUGUUUGAAACUAAGAUUUUGCCUGAAGUUAAAGCCAAAUGUCACAGCAAACAGAACGAUAUAGCGGCAGCUAUUAGACAUGCUUUGUUUACUGUUUUUAGUAAAGAGCGACUGAAUUAUGUUGAUUGUAAUACACCUUUUACAAAACUCGCAGAAUAG